CAUGUUCAAAUAUAUUGCAUACGUCAUGCCAAAAAUAUUAUAGAAAAAAUACGUUUUUCACGUUUUUUUCAUCGUUGGGAAGAUCAUCAUAUUAAUCUUGCACAACGUGAAAUAACUUCAACAACAAAUGAAAAAUAUAUGGACAGAUCAAUAGCUUAUUCAGCUAUUGAGGAUAUAUCUGUAUGGUCAAAAUGCAAAGUGACUGAUCGGCAUCGUCGAUUUUCUAUAAGAAUUGUUACAAAAAAUCUUAUUUAUUUUUUUCAAGUUAAUUCACUUCAUUUAAGAGACCAAUUGUUCCAUUCAAUACAAUGGAAAAUGAAUAAACUAAAAUUUGAAUGUGUUAUACGUUCGGCUGAUAGUCAGGAAGUAUUAUUAAAAGAAAUUGCGAAUAUGAUCAAUUUUGUAAGGACAACUCCGAUUGAGAAUGUUGAAGUUCAUCAUUUUCCACUUGAAAUUAUUUCCGAAAUUCUGCAAGAAGAAUUUAAUUUACUGCAUGUUUUUCGUAAAAAUGUGAUUGAAACACUAGCACCAUUACUUGAAAAAAAUUAUCCAUCGCCAGAAAUGUGUGAUUUUUUUAGUCGAUAUUGCCGUGAUAGUCCACGCUCUCAAAUUGUAAUUCAAAUGUUUACACAGACUAUUGAGAAAAUUUUAAAACAUAAUACAGAUUUUAGUGAAUAUCCACGAUCGAGAACACUUGUUCAAGAAUAUUUACUUGUACUUAGUUCUCAAAAUGAUGGUUUACAUGUUGUACAAGAGUUUAUUAAACGAAUGCAUGGCCCAACGAUAGAUUGUCCAUUUCUACGUGUUCUCUCAAAUUUGAUCUCUGUUUGUCUUUCUGGAGUUUAUAAUGUUUUUCAAGGUCGAAAUAACUGGCACUUUGAAGAUAAUGAAACUUGUCGAGGAUAUAAAGAAGAAACUGAAAUUCAAUUAGUAUGUUACACAAAAAUAUUACAAACAAUAUCCACAUUUUACGACUGGCGACAUCAUCUUGGUUUAGUUCUACAACCCGUUCCGUUUCCAGUUGAAGCACUAAGACAUGAUCUAUUUAUCGCAAUAUUCAAAAAUGUUCUUAAAAAUCUUGUUGAAGACACACGAUGUGAAGUUCAUCAGAGAGUGUUAGGUAUUCGUGAAGGUAAAGAUGGAUGGUUUGAAAUGUUUUGUUUGAGUGGCAUAGCUUGUGAUGAUAAUGGCGAAAUGUUUUCAUUAAUGCUCAAUAAAUUAAUUUCAUGUUGUUGUCGUAAAAGAAAUUUCUUAUUACGUAUUAACAAAUUAUUACCAGCUUUAAACUUACUUGCCUUACGUGAAAAUCAAAGUUCAUUGGAUGCUUUAUGCGCAAUGUUGGAAUUCAAUGCAGUCGAAAAUCAUGAUAAUAAAUUACAAUUAAUAUCAACACUCCAAUCGACAUUCACCGGUUUAAUCAUGUAUGUAGGAGUAUGUAGAAGAAAGAGAGCAUUAAGAAUAUUCCAACGAAAAGGUGGACCAAGAGAACUAAUAUUGCCAACAUAUUCAACUGAUGAUGAUUUAGCAAGAUUACUAUCAAGAGGUCCAUUUGGUAAUCUUGAAUAUUUAAAUUUAGCAUCCACAUAUGUCACAAGCGCUUGUGCCAAACAUUUAAUUAAAUUACCAGCUUUAAGAUAUUUAGAUUUAUCUUCAACACGAUUUGGUGACGAUGGUUUAGAAUUAAUUUCCGAACAUUUACAUCAAUUAAAAGUACUCGAUUUAAGUGAAACACCAGUAACUAAUAAAGGUUUUGUUUGUUUAGCACGCAUGAAAAUGUUACAAGUACUUAGGUUAACUUCAACAAGUUUAUCUUCGUUAACAUUUGAAACUUUAAAAGAAGAACUGCCAGCUUUAACAACAUGGGAUAUACGAUAUACAGAUGCUUGGUAA